AUGAUGUUGUUUGAAAAUGACGGCCAAAUCGUGCGCUUCCCUCAAAUAAAGCCCGAGGAUCAGGGUCAAUAUCAGUGCUUUGUGCAGACCGAUGGUUACCCGGACCGGGCAGCUGGACGUGGUCAGAAGAUCGUUGUCAAAGGUAAACUGCAGUUCCUGCGUGAAAUGCGCGAACACUUCCUUGAGAUGAACAGUCCAGGACGAAUCCCAUGUAAAGCACGAGGUUAUGGUACGCUCAAGGUGGACUGGUUUCGAAAAACCGGUCCCCGGGAAGCAGAUUGGAAACCAAUCAGACCUCCCAACCAGGUCGAAUCAGGCACACUCAUCAUUCCGUAUGUUCAAAAACAGGAUGCCGAAAAGCCACUGAUCUCUCAAAUCAGUCCUAAUCAGACGGUACGUGUGGGGAUGCAACUUAUCCUCAAUUGCCACGCUUCCGGUGAUCCUGCCCCCCAAGUGAGCUGGAUUGUGAAACAAGCCGGGCACAAAAUGUCCCAAGUCUAUACCCCAGUUCCAGAGCCAACUUCUGGAUCGGCGAAUUCGGGUGGUGCAUCUGGUGGAGAUCAUGCUGAGACCCAAAUCAAUAACCUUGGUGAUUCUCAGAUUGCCGGAGAUGAAGCCGAUACCGAUACGGUGGCCGGUGGUGGUAGCGGUGCUGGAGCUGCUGCCGGCCAACAAACAUCCGGGCAACAGCAACAACACGUUCCGCCACAAGCACAACCACCACCAUCGUUACUCAAUCCAGCAGCCAAUCCGGGAAGCAUGGUGGCAGCGAUUGCCAGACAUCUUCCACCGGAACAAGGACGUGUGACAGCCUAUCAGAACGGUAGUCUUGUGAUUAGUCAAGCUUAUUUGAUUGAUCAAACAGAAUAUAUUUGUGUGGCGGGGAAUAAACAUGCGAUCAAAACGCGACAGGGGGUGUUCGUACGCGUCCUGACCCCGGAGGAAUACACGCGUCGCCAACUAGGAGAAGAGGGCCCCGGUUCCAGUAUGAUGAAGACGAUUCUGACAGUGGUCGGUUGUGCUGUGGCCUACUUGGGCUUAAUUAUCGGGUUGACCGUGUUCUGUAGCAUGCGGAUGGUUCGAACCAGACGGAAACGCACACGAAAAGCCCUCUCCCAAGCUAGUGGAGGAUGCCCCGGAACAACUCUAGACUCAGGUCUGUUGAUGCUAACCGGUAUGGGUUCUGGAGCCAGCUGUGGGACUGGAGGCGGUGGAAGUGUUGCCUUCAGUCACAUGACACCUCAGCAGCAACAACAACAGCAACAGCAAUCACAGCAGCAACAACCUUUAUUGGGAAAUGUACCAUCAACAAUGCGAAAUGGACCGGGUACGUACGUGGAACAAACGCUUAUCGAUCCGACCACUCACCGUGCAGCCCUAACACCGCACGGAACACAUCUACCCAAUGGGAUAGCUUUACCUGCUAUUCCCAACCGCACGGAUGAAAACGAGCAGGAAUGGUGGCCUUGGAACCCAUCAAACCGACCGUAUUAUCCCCGUGACGGGCAAGCGGGGCAUGAGUUGCUUACGGACCCAAAUGGUGAUCCAGUACAUGGGUACGCAAUCCAUCAAAUGCCCAUGUACAAUGGCUUAACUGGACCAAGUCCUGGAGUUGACAGUAGCACAAUUGCCACCACAGCCUCGGAGUCACAGCUCAUGUCUGCUCCUCCACCUACUCCGUNGCUCAUGUCUGCUCCUCCACCUACUCCGUUAGAUUCACGAUCGCAUUUCAGCGGUCUUUCUUCGGGAAAUUCAACCAGUCUCUAUUCGCGAUCCCUACUCAGUGGAGCAUCAAACUUGGGUUCGCCUGCAGGGGCACAAAACACAGCUGUAGAACAAUCACCUACAUAUGGAUUGACAAAUGGCGGUGUACAUUCAAUUAGUCAGAUGGAUCGAAUGCACUAUCCAAGAUGCGAACUCAAAGUGGAGGGCAUACUGGGAAAAGGUGAAUUUGGAGACGUGUUCUUGGCUCGAGCACGGCACAUUCAAGAAGAAGAGGCUCAAUCAUUGGUAUUAGUCAAAUCGUUAGCUUCUCUUGAACCGUUACACAUUAAAGAGUUCCAUCGCCAACUGGAGCUGUUCGGUAAACUCAAUCACGAUCGGGUGACAAGACUGCUGGGCAUUUGCAUGGAACAAGAGCCGUUCUAUAUGCUUUUGGAAUAUUGUGAAUGGGGAGAUCUGAAAAUGUUUCUGCGACGUAUACGAGAAGACAAUGGCCAGACGUUCAAAAUUCACUCGUUAUCAAUGGGACAAAAAUUGAAAAUGUGUGAACAACUUGCCGCGGCGAUGGAUCAUUUAACUCAGAUGCAUUGUGUGCAUCGAGACGUGGCUGCCAGAAAUGUGCUUCUCACACAAGAUUUGGAUGUGAAGCUUUCAAGUCUUGGCUUAGCCAGAGACGUGUAUGUGAACGAGUACUAUCGCCUGCCUAACACGGAACAACUAAUCCCGUUGCGUUGGUUCGCUCCUGAGCUGAUAGCUGAGGCCGUUUCACAGUGCACGCGGACCGGGCCGGGAUCGUCUAAUCUUGGGUCGAGCAACGCGUUGCCCUAUUCAACCCAGUCAGACGUAUGGGCAUUUGGUGUGCUUAUCGCGGAGAUCUUCUCACUUGCGCAGUUGCCGAUGGCAAGACAAUCGGAUCAGGAAAUCAUCUACGCUGCGACUCAGACUAUCCGAAUGCAAUCCAAUAAUUCGGGUGCCGAAGGAAGUCCACAUGAUUUGGUCCCACUCCGACCGGACGUGCCGAACGAAUUACCCGCAGAAUUAAUCCCCCUGUUGACCAGAUGCUGGUCCCCGAUGGCUCUCAGUAGACCCUCAUUCAGGGAGAUUUUCGCCGCGUUGCGUGAUCAGAAAGUCUGA